GUCCAACCGCGGACCUUGCGUGUACCUCGGCAGCGUAUCGCCCGUCGGAGCUCCACUGCGAUAGCGACUCCUCGGCCGGGGCAGGCGAUGGACGGGCGGCAAAGCACGCACAAUGCUGAUAGCGAUCCGAGAUGCUGAGACAUAUAAGCCGCGGAUCGCGGAAUGCUCACCUCAUCAUCCACCAUGAACGAGAAGAGCAAGGCUAGCGACGAGGGCGCGGACGUCCUCUACCCCGAAAGUACGCCGUACGACCAUGACAAGAACUCGCUGGGCGACCGCGUCGAGGAGGUUGGGCCUGUGACAGCACAUGUCCCCGACUCACAUCGUGGCCUGCGCAUGCGCCAUGUACAGCUCAUCGCUAUCAGUGGCUCCAUUGGCUCUGCGCUCUUCAUUUCCAUCGGUAUUCCUUUUACUAGUGGCGGCCCGCUCGGCUUGAUCAUCGGUAUGGCACUGUGGUGUACCGUCGUGUGGGCGAGCGCCAACUGCCUUAUCGAGAUUACGACGCUACUUCCCAUCGACGGCGGUUUCAUCGGUUACGCCACGCGUUUUGUUGACGAGAGUUUUGGAAUGGCCUUGGGAUGGAAUUACACAAUCACGCAGUUCGCUCUAAUCUGUUAUGACAUUACGGCCAUCAAUCUUAUCGUCGACUACUGGAAGCCACUGCAUCCCGCGAUUAUGAUCACGGUGACGCUGGUCGUCAUCCUCCUCCUAAACAUCUGGAACGUGCGCUUCUUCGGCGAGGCCGAGUUCUGGAUCUCGCUCAGCAAAAUCUUUCUCAUCAUCGGCCUGACGCUCUACACACUCGUCACAAUGUGUGGCGGCAACCCCCUCAACGACAAGUACGGCUUCCGCUUCUGGCGGAACCCGGGCGUUUUCGCGGGCAACACGGAGGCGAAGAAAAUCGUGCAGGGCAUUUGGGACAGUCUGUGCUGGAGCACAUUUGCCGUUGUCGGCCCGGACUACCUCUCCAUGGUCAGUGGCGAGGUCAAGAGCCCGCGCCGCGUCAUGCCCCGCGCCUUCAAGACGACCGUGUACCGCAUCUUCGGGUUCUACCUCAUGGGCGCGCUGUGCGUGAGCAUCGUGUGCGCGGCGAACGACCCGGCGCUUCUGGGCGCGAUUGAGAACAAGGCCGCUGGCGCUGCCAAGAGCCCCUACGUGAUUUCAAUGAACCGUCUCGGCAUCCCCGCGCUUCCGUCGAUCGUCAACGCCGUGAUCCUCGUAUCGUGCAUCUCGACUGGCAACGCGUUCACGUUCACCGGCUCGCGUGCGCUCUACGGCCUCGCACUCAAGCGGCAGGCGCCGCAGGUGUUCGCGCGCGUGAACCGCAACGGCGUGCCCUACGUCGCUGUGCUCGUCACACUUGCCUUCGGCUGCCUCUCGUACCUCUCCGUGUCAACCAGCGCGUCCAAGGUCCUGAACUGGUGGAUCUCGCUCGUCGGCUCGGCUCAGCUCGUGAGCUGGACCGCGAUCGGCAUCACCUGGUUCCGCUUCACCGCCGGUCUGAAGAAGCAGGGGCUGUGGCCGCACAUGCUCCCGCAGCGCGGAUACCUCCAGCCGCUCAGUGCGUACUGGCUCGUCGUUUGGUCGCCGCUCGUCUUCAUCUUCCAGGGAUACUACGUGUUCCUAGGGGGCUUCGACGCCGUGUCGUUUGUGUUUGCGUACGGCUCCAUCUUUAUCUUUGGCGCCAUUUAUCUUGUGUCCAAGAUUUACGACUACAGCAUCAACAAGCGCCACCGCUGGGGCAUCCCGCUCGAAGAGCUCGACUUCAACACGGACAUUAAGGAGAUUGAACAUAUCACGGCUGAGUCGGAAGCCGCUCGCGCGGCACGUAGUAAAGGAAAGGGGCAGAAGGUGUCGGACUUCUUUUUCUAGCCUCUUGGGAUAAUAGUUGUAGAAUUUAUGAAUCAGGC